AUGUGGCCCGCGGGCUGCUCCGGCGCCCUCCUGUUUUCGAUUCUCGCUUCCGCCGCUGCGCAGCAGACUGCGCCCGAGUGGGUCUCUCUCGCGCAGCGCGGCUCGAGCUUCCAGGCGGCUGGAAAAUGGAGCGAGGCGAUCGAGUCCUACGAGGCUGCGAUUGCCACCGGCGCCGUGCCCGCUGCGCAGCAGCUCGCGGUGGCGACCAACCUCGGCCUCUCGCUGCAGGGCCUCGGGCGGCUCGACGAGGCGCUCGGCAUGUUUGACCGCGUGCUGAAGGCUUACCCGGCCAACGCCGACGCGCACCACAACCGCGGCGUUGCUCUGCACAAGGCCGCGAGGCACGCCGAGGCGGCGGACGCGUUUGCCGCCGCCGUCAGGCUAAACCCGCGCGACUUCGAGUCGCACUUUGGGCGAGGCAACGCGCUCGCGAUGGGCGGCGACCACGCCGGCGCCGCCGACGCCUUUGCCGCGGCGCUCGAGCUCAACCCGGCCGACGCGGACACCACCACCGGAAGACCUGAACCCACACUGGAUUCGAUACUCUGGAGGCAUGGUACUAGGCGGACGCGGACGCGACGUACAACCGCGCCAACGCGCUCGCCUCCCUCGGGAGGAGCGAGGAGGCGGCACGGCGAGGCGGCGGCGGCCCUGCGAGCGGCCCUCGCCCUCGACCCGACCGACGCGGCGGGCGACGUGCGCAGAGACAUGGCUGAGGCCACGCACGCCGCCCUCGGCUUCUCCCUGCGCUCUGCCGGCGACACCGCCGCCGCCGCCGCCGCCUUUCGCGAGGCGCUGCAGCACAACCCGAAGCAAGCGAACGCGCUGGCGGGCCUCGCCUCGGCGCUCAAGGCCUCCGACCCCGCCGCCGCCGCGGAGGCCUUCGCCGCCGCCUCCACGGCGGACGAGGCGGCGGCGGCGGUCAGCUCCGCGACUGCGCUGCGCGACUGGCUAGCGCAGCGCAAGUCGGCGGGCAGGGCGGCCGAGGUGGGCGGCGGAGGAGGCGGCGGCGGCGGCGGCGGCGGAGGCGGAGGCGGCGGCGGCGGAGGCGGAGGCGGCGGCGGCGGCGGAGGCGGCGGCGGAGGAGACUCCGCAAGGCUCGGCGAGUCGAGGCUGGCGGGGGCGGGUGCGGAGGUGGGUGUGGAGGUGGGUGCGGAGGCGAGGUACCCGCCCAUCUUCGAGGAGGCGCCGCGCUGCUCCGAGUCGACGCUCGAGGCUGUGCUGGCGGCGGGGCCAGAGGCGCCGUGCUCGUGUUCGGGGCGUUGGCACCUGCUCGGACCCUUCCCCGAGCUUCCCCGGAACCUUCCUCAGGCGCUGCUCACCGGCGGGCCUCUGCUGCUGCGGAACGCGACCGCCGGCUGGGCGGCGAACGCGUGGGACGACGCCGCCAUCGCAGCCGCGGCGGCGGAGGCGGUCCCAUUCGAGGCGUACCUCGCGCAGCUCAACCUGCUCCGCCUCCCGCCGCUGCUGCGCGGGGUCUGCCUCUCUACCGCGCUGCCGCCCUCGUCGCUCUCCAUCGCCAACUUGUGGGUGGGCGGCGCGCUCAUGAAGAACGGGCUCCACUUUGACCUGUACGACAACCUGCUCUACCAGCUCCGCGGCACGAAGCGCGCGCUGCUCUUCCCGCCCGCCGACGCGAAGCACCUCUACUACGGCGCCGCCACCAUCCGGAGGCACGGCUUCGACCUCGCGGCGAGGUUGGUGCGGCACAACGUCGCCAAGCUCAACGUCUUUGCGGACGACGUGGCGAGCACGCACCCCGCCGUCGCAAGGGCGUCGCCCUCCCUCUGCGAGGUGCGGAGGGGCGACGCACUCUUCCUGCCGCGCGGCUGGCACCACGCCGUCAUUUCGACCUCCCGGGGCGCGAGGCGAAACCUCGCGGUCAACCUCUGGUACGCCGCGUCGGCGAGCGGCCAGGGCCAGGGGCUCUCGGCCCUCGCGGACAUGUUCCAGCAGGAGGGGGGCUCCUGCGCCAACUGCGGUGCGCACCGGGUGCUCAAGUACGCACACCGCACCAUCUGUUGCCGCUACGCGUGCCAGAAGGUGGCUGCGGCGCAGCGCCGCGCGCGGCUUGCAGACGGCGGUGCGGACGACGCAGUCGCGCCGACAUUCUGCUACAAGAUUGAGGCGCUCAUUGCAAAGAAGCGGCGCAAUAAGCUGGCUGCUGCCGACAAGACAAUUUGUUACCUCACGCGCGGCACUUUCAAAGAGGACCAGCACGACACAGGCUUCACCGACACACGCUGGGUCGAGCUCGAGGAGCUGUACGAGAAGUGCGGCGGCAAGGCGCCGCUAAACCGAGCACUCAAGAAGUAUCGGGAUAUGGAGCAGGGGGCUGCAGAUGCGGCAAUUGCCGAGUGUGAGGAGGGCAUUGACGAAUGA